AUGUCGAUGGAGGAGAUUAGUAGCUGUGAGAGCUUUCUCACAAGCUCUAAACCCUACUUCGCCAUGAUAUCUCUCCAGUUUGGCUACGCCGGCAUGAAUAUAAUUACCAAAAUAUCCCUCAACACCGGUAUGAGCCACUAUGUCCUUGUCGUCUACCGCCAUGCAAUUGCCACCGCCGUUAUUGCACCCUUUGCUUUCUUCUUCGAAAGGAAGGCUCAGCCGAAAAUAACGUUCUCCAUUUUCAUGCAACUAUUCAUUCUCGGCCUUCUUGGGCCAGUGAUCGAUCAAAACUUCUACUACAUGGGGCUGAAAUAUACGUCCCCAACGUUCUCAUGCGCCAUGAGUAACAUGCUUCCGGCCAUGACCUUUAUCUUGGCUGUACUAUUCCGGAUGGAGAUGUUGGACCUGAAGAAACUGUGGUGUCAGGCGAAAAUAGCCGGAACGGUAGUGACAGUGGCGGGAGCGAUGCUAAUGACAAUUUACAAAGGACCCAUCGUUGAGCUAUUUUGGACCAAAUAUAUGCAUAUUCAAGACUCUUCACAUGCUAAUACGACGUCGUCUAAGAACUCAUCAAGUGAUAAGGAAUUCCUCAAAGGCUCCAUCCUCCUAAUCUUUGCAACACUCGCUUGGGCCUCCCUCUUUGUUCUACAGGCAAAGAUACUAAAGACGUACGCGAAGCAUCAGCUUUCUCUAACAACACUAAUUUGCUUCAUCGGAACACUACAAGCAGUUGCUGUGACGUUUGUGAUGGAACACAACCCCUCUGCUUGGAGAAUUGGCUGGGACAUGAACCUCCUUGCCGCCGCUUACUCUGGGAUUGUGGCAUCAAGUAUCUCAUACUAUGUGCAAGGGAUAGUGAUGAAGAAAAGAGGACCUGUGUUUGCUACUGCCUUUAGUCCUUUGAUGAUGGUUAUUGUUGCUGUCAUGGGUUCUUUUGUCUUGGCAGAAAAAAUCUUCCUUGGAGGGGUGAUUGGUGCGGUACUGAUUGUAAUUGGACUGUAUGCUGUCUUAUGGGGAAAGCAAAAGGAGAAUCAAGUGACUAUAUGUGAACUAGCCAAGAUUGACUCAAAUAGUAAAGUAACUGAAGAUGUGGAAGCUAAUGGAUCUAAAAUGAAAAUCUCGGAAGGGGAUAACUCUAUGCUCUCUACGAUUGUAAUCAGCGUACCACUGUCGGAAACACAUUUGAAAAAGACUAUCCAAGAGCCAUGAAGAUUGUAUGGCACUACAUAUGAAAAAUAAAACUAAAGGCUGUUUUGGUCGAAUCAGUAUUUUUGUCUUAUAAUUUUGACCUCAGUAAGAGAAAGAGCUCCAACUAUUUUUUUUCUUUUGUAAACAAAGAGCUCCAACUUACGGCUUC